UUUUAACAAUUGAGGAGGGAGGGAGAGACCAGAAGUCACUGGCAGCGGAGAGGUCUUUGAAUCAGUGGCCUGUCAACAGGUGGCAGAGGGAGAGGCUCAGUCGUUCAGAGAGAGAGAGAGCGUAGAGGAGCAGACAGUGAAGAAAGGCCAUGACCACCAGACUCCCGCUGAGGGCCCUGGGCCUGCUGACCCUGCUCUGCGCCGCCUUCAACCUCGGCUCAGCCGAUAACCGAGACCCCUCCGCCCCUCCGCAGGGGGUCACCUUCAGCCACGUGUAUAAAAUCGACGUCCCGGGGAGCUCCAGCUGCAAAGUGGAGCGCCAGGAUGAAGCAGGUCUGCAGACGGAGACCACCGCCAACGGGGAGAACGACAUCACCUUCAGACACAACAUCAGGCUGCAAACGCCCAAGUGCGACUGCGAGGAGUCGGAAAGCUUCAAGUCCCUGUUGUACAGGAUCAACGGGCUGGAGGAGGAGGUCAACUACCUGAAGACCCAGUGUGCUCAAGGGUGCUGCGGCAGAGGCGCCGCCGCAGGCCUGGACACGGGCUGCGGCGGUCACGGCAGCUACCAGCACGACUCCUGCAGCUGCCUGUGCGACCCGGGCUGGGAGGGCCCCGACUGCUCCGAGGCCUCCUGCCCGGACUUCUGCAACGACAACGGGCGCUGCGUGGACGGCCGCUGCGUGUGCCACGAGGGCUUCGCGGGCGACGACUGCGGCCGGGCGGCGUGUCCGGGCGACUGCAGCGACAAGGGCCUGUGCGUGGACGGGAGGUGCGUGUGCUUCCCGCAGUUCGGCGGCGAGGACUGCGGCGUCCGGAGGUGCCCCGGCGACUGCGCGGGCAACGGCCGCUGCGUGGACGGCCGCUGCGUCUGCGAGGAGGGCUUCCACGGCGAGGACUGCUCCUCAGUCUCCGGGCCUCAGGGACUCAGGCUGGUCCAGGUGACGGACACCUCUCUCCUGGUGGAGUGGGAGUCCGUUCGUGGGGCGGAGUAUUACGUUCUCUCUUAUCAUAGCAAAGGUGACGCCAGCGGCCGAGCGCAGGUACGGAUUCCCAACACAGAGACUUCCUACCUCAUCACAGGCCUGACCCCUGGGGUGACCUACAUCGUCGAUGUGCACGCCGUCGUCAAAGAAAUCCAAAGUGAAGCAGACCAGAUCGAAGCCACUACAGAUGUCUCAGCUGUCGACGAUAUCCAAGUGCUCGGCCAGACGGACGUCACGAUUCAGGUGGACUGGAAGAACCCAUUAGCCGAGGUGGAUCACUUCCGGCUCCGACACACCGACCCGGCGGGGCAGGAGGAGGAGCUGAGCGUGCAGAGGAGCCAGGAGGCGCGCACCAAAUACACCAUUGUGGGUCUGUAUCCGGGGACCGAGUACCUGAUCUCAGUGCAGGCCAUCAAAGGAAGCAGUGAGGGAAAGCCUUCCUCUGUCAAGGGUGCCACAGACGUGGAUGCUCCAACCAACCUCGUCACCACUAAGGUGACGGAGGACACCGCCACUGUUUCGUGGGACAGAGUCAAGGCAGACAUAGAGGGCUACAUGUUGAGCUACAGCUCCGCCGAGGGCUCCAGCUCAGAGAUCCCCGUGGGACGCGACAGCAGCUCGCACAAGCUGAUCGGCUUGAGGCCCGGAGUCGUCUACACCGUCUACAUCUGGGCUUUCAGGGGCGAUAGAGUCAGCAGGAAGAGCUCAACGGAAGCAGAAACAGAGCUGGACGCCCCUACUAACGUCUUGGCCCAAGAUGAAUCAGAGACCAGCUUCAGGGUGACCUGGGAUAAAACCCUUGCAGAAAUUGACGGAUACGUCCUCACCUACAGCUCCGCUGAGGGCUCAAGCGAGGAACUCCCGGUUGGGUCUGAUGCUUCUUCUUAUAAGCUGACUGGCUUGAGGCCUGGGGUCCUCUACACUGUCUACGUCUGGGCCGUCAAGGGGGACAAAUCCAGCAGGAAGAGCUCAACACAAGCUGAGACAGACCUGGAUGCCCCCGCUAACCUCUUAGCCCGAGAUGAAACGGAGUCCAGUUUCACCGUGUCUUGGGAUCCAGUGCAGGCAGAAACUGACGGCUACAUCUUAACCUACAGCUCCUCAGAGGCCUCAAGUGGCGAGAUCCAAGUGGGGCCCCAGAGGGCCUCUUACGACCUGACUGGCCUGAGGCCGGGGGUCCUCUACACUGUCCACAUCUGGGCAAUCAAAGGGAGCAAAGUCAGCAGGAAGAGCUCGACGCGAGCCGAGACAGAGCUGGAUGCUCCUGCUAACCUCUUAGCCCAAGAUGUAACAGAGACCAGCUUCGGCCUCACGUGGGAUCCGGUCCAGGCGCAGGUUGAUGGCUACGUCAUAACCUACAGCUUCUCAGAGGGCUCUAGUGGGGAAGUCCCAGUCGGGCCCGAAAGCACGUCGUACAGUGUGGCUGACCUGAGGCCUGGGGUCCCCUACACUGUGUACCUGUGGGCGGUCAAGGGGAACAAAGUCAGCAGGAAGAUCUCAACAGAUGCUGAGACAGACAUUGAUGCGCCCAAGGACCUGAAGGCUGCAGACGUGACCCUGGAGUCUGCUGUCCUGAACUGGACUCCUCCUCUGGCCGAUAUCGAGGGCUACAUCCUGACGUACAGAGACGAAGCUGGCAGCAUGGAGACUGUUGAAAAGCAGAUUGGAGCCACCGAUAGGACCUUCUCCAUUUCUGGACUGGAGAUGGGAACCAGGUACAUUGUGACCAUCAUCGCCUACAGAGGCAACAAGAGGAGCAAGAUGGUGGAGAGCAUCUUUAAAACAGCUGGCCUCCUGAACCCCUUCCCCAUGGACUGCAUUCAGAUUCUAAAGAACGGAAACAAGAAGAGUGGCAUUUACACAAUCUACAUCAACAAUAAUCGCUCCCGACCCAUUGAGGUUUACUGCGACAUGGACACUGACGGAGGCGGCUGGCUGAUGCUCCAGCGCCGCACCAGUGGCAAGCUGGACUUCAUGAAACGCUGGAGACAGUACAUCGAGGGCUUUGGGGACAUGACGGAUGAGUUCUGGAUUGGUCUGGGCAAGAUAUACGACCUCACCAGCACUCCCACUCAGUACGAGCUGAGGUUCGACCUGGGCCUGGGCUCAGAGAGGGCGUACGCCGUCUACGACGACUUCAAGAUCGCGCCGGUCAAGCAGAAGUUCAAGCUCACCAUCGGCAAAUACAGGGGGACGGCAGGUGACGCCAUGACCUACCACCAGGGCCGGCCCUGGACCACCAUCGACUCGGACAACGACAUCGCGCUGGGGAACUGCGCCCUGACCCACCGCGGCGCCUGGUGGUACAAGAACUGCCACCUGGCCAACCUCAACGGGAAGUGGGGCGACAACAGACACAGCCUGGGCGUGAACUGGGAGCCGUGGAAGGGCCACUUGACGUCGCUUGACUUCACCGAAAUGAAGAUCCGGCCCGUCGGCGCCGCGUCCGGCAGGAAGAGGAGGUGGGCGGCGGCCAGAGGGAGGAGCGGCGGCCUCCGCGACUAGCGGGGGGUCCGGAGGCGUCAGUGUGCGGUUUGUGCGACUGGUCCGCAAACCUGUAAGUGUCUCAGCUUAGACAUCAUGUAGAGAGAAGCUCACGCCGUACUCAACAGUAACUUAUUAUGGGUUUACCAGGAGUACCCAAGGUUUAGUGGGAUCUAAAGACGGCCAAUGUGAAGUUGAAUAUUAACCUGUUAUUUUAAUUCAGUAAUUCUGGUAGAAAACUGGUAGAAAACCUGAAAAACUGUAACAAUACUGACUUGGACCACGAUGUAGACAUGACUUAGUUUAUGGGUUAUGAAGUCGGCUGUGUCCCACCGAGCUGCCGCCGGGCCUCACGUCACGUUAUGAGCGGGCCGAGCCAGAGGAACCCGACGGGCGGCUGUGUGAAGCGGCCGCUUUACAUUCACGCGACACGGGCGGCGCGUAUCAAUCAGUGCGACGAGCCCAUAACGAAUGUCAAGAACAAUAAAGCUCGGAUCUCACGAAGCUAA